UUGGGGCCCCUCCAGGAAAGGGAGCCAUUUUCCUUUCUGGUCUGGGAAGGAGCUGCCUGUCCGUUGGCCCUGCCGACGACUGGAACAGCGUCUACAGCGGCCCACGCCCAGCGGAAGAGCAGCCAUUCGAAGGGGACCCCGUCGCCUGGCUUGGUCGGGUCAGAGGCUUCGAGUGGCUCCAGAGACGGGCGGGGAGUGAGCCCCCCGGACGCGGGCUGCAUCAGCGUCUCUGGGCACCGGGCAGCUGACCGCGCUGUAAGGCCGCAAUGACCAUCACGCCGGAUGUGAGGCUGGAGUACUUAGAGGGUGUCGCGUCCCUCAUUCUGAAGUUCAAGCCGGACAAGUGGAGCAAGCUGAUCGGGGCCGAGGAGAACAUGGCCUUAUUCACCGAGUUCUUCGAGAAGCCGGACAUCCUGGUUCUGGUGCUGACGCUCAGUCCCGCCGGCAUGAUCAUCCCCUGCCUGGGCUUCCCCGCCUCCCUCAAGUCCAAGGGGGUCUACUUCAUCAAGAAGGGACAGGAGAACAUCAGUAAGAGCACCUACAAGGACCAGCUCAUCUACGGGGACAUAAGCCCGGCGCCCGUGGAGCAGCUGAUCGCCGUCGUGGAGGAGGUGCUCUACUCUCUGUUAAACCAAAGCGAAAACUUGAGCGGUUGGCCUCGGGUGGUCUCGGAAGACAUCGUGAAGCAAGUGCACAAGCUGAAGAACGAGAUGUUUGUGAUGGGGGGCAAGAUCAAAGGGAAGACCCUGCUGCCCAUCCCCGAGCACCUGGGGAGUCUGGACGGCACGCUGGAGUCCAUGGAGAGGAUCCCCUCUGCUCUGGACAACUCGCUGCUGCACGCCAUCGAAACCAUCAUCAUCGAGUGGUCACACCAGAUCCGGGACGUGCUGAGCAAGGACUCGGCCCAGCCCCUGCUGGACGGCCUCCACCCCCUGCCCCGAGUGGAGUUUGAGUUCUGGGACACUCGGCUGAUGAAUCUCAAAUACAUCCACGAGCAGCUGAACAGGCCCAAAGUGAACAAAAUAGUUGAGAUCCUGGAGAAAGCCAGGAGCUGCUACUGGCCGGCCCUGCAAAACGUGUACAUGAACGUUACGGACGGCCUGAAGGAGGCCAGCGACAUUGUUCUGUACCUGAAGCCUCUGCGGAUCCUGCUGGAGGAGAUGGAGCAGGCCGACUUCACAAGGCUCCCGACCUUCAUCGUGAAGGUUCUCUACACCAUCUGCUUCAUCUGGGCCACGUCCGAGUACUACAACACGCCCUCCAGGGUCAUCGUCCUCCUGCAGGAGUUCUGCAACCAGAUCAUGGAGACGACGCGCACUUUCCUGAGCCCAGAAGAGGUUCUGAAAGGCUUGCAGGGAGAGACGGAGGAGGUUCUGGGCAGCAUCUCUCUGUCCGUGAGCAUUCUGAAGGAGCUCUACCGCACCUACGAUUUCUGCUGCACAAACAUGAAGCUUUUCUUUAAGGACAAGAAGCCGGUGCCCUGGGAGUUCCCUUCUGCUCUGGCCUUCUCCAGGAUGAAUGACUUCUUCCGUCGCAUCCAGACCAUUGAGGAUCUUUAUAAAACAGCUAUUGAGUUUCUGAAGCUGGAGAAGAUCGACCUCGGGGGCGUGAGGGGGAACAUCCUCGGCAGCAUGGUCACGCAGAUUUACGACGAGGUCUUCGAGCUGGUGAAGGUGUUUGCCGAAUGCAAAUAUGACCCCUUGGACCCUGGAGAUUCGAGUUUCGACGAAGAUUACGCGGAUUUUGAGACCAAAAUUCAAGACCUGGACAGGCGGCUGGCCACGAUCUUCUGCCAAGCAUUCGACGACUGUAGCUCUAUCGAGUCCGGUGCGAAGCUCCUGCACAUGUGCGGCGGCCUCCUGGAGCGGCCUCUGAUCCUCGCGGAGGUCGUGCCCAGGUACUCGGUCAUGCUGGAGCUGUUUGACGCCGAGCUGGACAACACCAAGACCUUGUACGACGCGCAGCUCGCGGCCUCUGCGGACGGGCACAUCCCCCCGAUCCACAAGAACAUGCCCCCCGUGGCCGGGCAGCUCAAGUGGAGCCUGGAGCUGCAGGAGAGGCUGGAGGCGCCCAGGCGGGACCUGAAGCACAUAGAGCACCCGGUCAUGUCCAGCUCGGAGGCCAAGCUCAUCUACGAGAAGUACGACGAGAUGAUAGGGCUGCUGCGGGCCUACCGCGAGAAGACCUACCAGCAGUGGGUGGCCGGCGUGGACCAGGACUGCCACUUCAACCUGGGCCAGCCCCUGAUACAGCGGGACCCCGUCACCAGCCUCAUCCGGGUCAACUUCAGCAAAGAGCUGGUGGCAGUCCUGAGAGAGGUCAAGUACUUGGGCUUCCAGCAGCAGAAGGAGAUCCCCAGCAGCGCCGAGAGUCUGUUCUCGCAGCGUGAGACCUUCCGGAAGUUUGUGGGCAACUUGGAGCUCAUCGUCGGCUGGUAUAAUGAGAUAAAGACCACGGUGAUGGACGUGGAGUUUCCACUCAUCGAGUCGGAGCUGGAAGCCAUUGACGUCAAGCUGUCGCGUGCCGAAACCACGCUCUUCUGGAAUAGCGAAGGCGUGUUAGAAUAUAUUCAAGAGAUGCGAGAGAUCCUCCAUAACUUGCAGAACAGGAUACAGAAAGCAAAGCAGAACAUAGAAGGGAUUUCUCAGGCCAUGAAGGACUGGUCGGCCGGCCCGCUGUUUGAGAGGAAGGACAACAAGAAGGAGGCCCUGCUGGACUUGGACGGAAGGGUGCUCAACCUCAACAAACGCUACGCGACGAUCAAGGAGGCCGGCCUGAAGAUCCAAGCCAUGGUCGCGGAAAAUGCCGAACUCUUCAGAGCAGAGACGGCGGGCCAGUCCUGGAAGGACUACAUCAACCAUGUGGACACCAUGGUCCUGGACGAGUUUGAGAAUUUCAUCCGCAAAUCUCUGAAUUACUUCAUAGACAACAUGGCCGUGGAUGAGAGCAUGGCGCCCCUGUUCGAGGUCCGCAUGGAGCUGGAUGAGGUCGGGCUGGUCUUUCAUCCGUCCCUGGAGAUGGGCACAGACAACAGCCUCCUGACGCUGAUAGAGAGCCUGGUCAACGACAUCUACAACACGGCCAAGCUCAUCCCCAGGCUGGCCAAGGGCCAGAUGAGCUACAAGGCAGACCUGGAAGACAUGACGGACCUCAUCGAGAUGAGGGAGGAGAUGUCCAACCUGGUCAUCGGCGCCAUGAAGGAGGCCGAGGAGUACCAGGACUCGUUCGAGAAGUACGCCUACCUCUGGACGGACGACCCCCAGGAGUUCAUGAAGAACUUCCUGAUCUACGGGCGCGCAGUCACCCCAGACGACUUGGACACCCAGGCCGAGGAGACCCUCUCCAAGACGCCACCCAGCCUCACCCAGUUCCAACAGCAGAUCGACUCCUACGAGAAGCUGUACGAGGAGGUGUCCAAGCGCGAGAACACCAGGGUGUUCAGCGGGUGGCUGCAGUGCGACUGCCGCCCCUUCAAGCAGGCCCUGCUGAAUGCCAUCAGGCGUUGGGGCUUCAUGUUCAAGCAGCACCUGACCAGCCACGUCAUCAGCAGCCUGGCUGACCUGGAAACCUUCAUGAAAGUCGUCAGGGCGGGCUUGACCAAGAGCCUCAAGGAGGGGGACUACGACGGUCUCGUGGAGGUGAUGGGUCACCUGAUGAAGGUCAAGGAGAGGCAGGCGGCCACCGACAACAUGUUUGAGCCCCUGAAGCAAACCAUUGAGCUGCUCAAGUCCUACGGGGAGGAGAUCCCGGAGGAGACGCACGUGAAGCUGCAGGAGCUGCCAGAGCAGUGGACAAACACGAAGAAGCUGGCCGUCCAGGUGAAGCAGAACGUGGCGCCCCUGCAGGCCAACGAGGUCAACAUCCUGAGGCGAAAGUGCCAGCAGUUCGAGCGCAAGCAGCAGGAGUUCCGAGAGAAGUUCCGGCGAGAAGCCCCGUUCAGCUUCACCGACCCUGACCCCUACAAGUCCCUGAAUAAGCAACAAAAGAGCAUCGCGUCCAUGGAGAGCACCAUGGAGGCCCUGUGCAAGUCGGGGAGCCUGUUCGAGGUCCCUGUCCCAGACUACAAGCAGCUCAAAGCUUGUCACAAGGAGGUCCGCCUGCUGAAGGAGCUCUGGGACAUGAUCGUCAUGGUCAACACCAGCAUCGACAGCUGGAAGACCACCAAGUGGAAAGACAUCAACGUGGAGCAGAUGGACAUAGACUGUAAGAAGUUUGCCAAGGACGUGCGGUCUCUGGACAAGGAGAUGAGGAGCUGGGACGCCUUCGUGGGGCUGGACAACACCGUCAGGAACAUGAUCACGUCCCUGCGCGCCGUCAGCGAGCUGCAGAACCCCGCCAUCCGCGACCGCCACUGGCAGCAGCUCAUGCAGGCCACCCAGGUGAAAUUUGAAAUGUCAGAUGAGACCACGCUGGCGGAUUUGCUGCAGCUAGACCUCCACAAGUACGAGGACGAGGUCCGGAACAUCGUGGACAAGGCUGUGAAGGAGUCGGGGAUGGAGAAGGUGCUGAAAGCCCUGGACGCCACGUGGUCCAGCAUGGAGUUCGAGCACGAGCCGCACCCCCGCAUAGGCACCCUGAUGCUCAAGUCGGACGAGGUGCUGGUGGAGACCUUGGAAGACAACCAGGUGCAGCUGCAGAACCUGAUGACCUCCAAGUACCUGUCGCACUUCCUGAAGGAGGUGACGAGCUGGCAGCAGAAGCUGUCCACGGCGGACGCGGUCCUCUCCAUCUGGUUCGAGGUGCAACGGACCUGGAGCCACCUGGAGAGCAUCUUCAUCGGCUCCGAGGACAUCCGUGCGCAGCUGCCGGAGGACUCCAGGCGCUUCGACGACAUCGACGUGGAGUUCAAGGCCCUGAUGGAGGAGGCCGUGAAAACGCCCAACGUGAUCGAGGCCACCAACAAGCCCGGGCUCUACGACAAACUGGAGAAUCUGAAGAAGAACUUGGCUGUGUGUGAAAAGGCCUUGGCAGAAUACUUAGAGACGAAAAGACUGGCUUUCCCGAGGUUCUACUUUGUGUCCUCGGCCGACCUCCUGGACAUCCUCUCCAACGGAAACGACCCCGUGGAGGUGAGCCGCCACCUGGCCAAGCUCUUCGACAGCCUGUGUAAGCUCCAGUUCCGCCUCGACUCCGACGAGAAGCCUCUCAAAUUCGGCCUGGGCAUGUUCAGCAAGGAGGACGAGUACGUGGACUUUGACCAGGAGUGUGACCUCUCGGGGCAGGUGGAAGUGUGGCUGAACCGAGUUCUGGACCGCAUGUGUGCCACUCUGCGGCACGAGAUCCCCGAGGCUGUGGUGACCUACGAGGAAAAGCCGAGGGAGCAGUGGAUCUUCGAUUACCCGGCCCAGAUCGCGCUCACGUGCACGCAGAUCUGGUGGACCACCGAGGUGGGCCUGGCCUUCGCGCGGCUGGAGGAAGGCUACGAGAACGCCAUCAAGGAUUACAACAAGAAGCAGAUCAGCCAGCUGAACGCACUCAUCACCCUGCUCAUCGGAAACCUCAGCGCAGGCGACAGGACGAAGGUCAUGACCAUCUGUACCAUCGACGUGCACGCGCGGGACGUGGUGGCCAAAAUGAUCACGGCCAAGGUGGAGAGCUCCCAGGCCUUCACCUGGCAGUCGCAGCUGCGGCAUCGCUGGGACGAGGAGAAGAAGCACUGCUUCGCCAACAUCUGCGACGCCCAGAUCCAGUACUCCUACGAGUACCUGGGCAACACGCCGCGGCUGGUCAUCACCCCGCUCACGGACAGAUGCUACAUAACUUUGACCCAGUCCCUGCACCUGAUCAUGGGCGGCGCCCCCGCGGGCCCUGCCGGGACCGGCAAGACGGAGACGACCAAGGAUCUGGGCAGGGCCCUGGGCACCAUGGUGUACGUCUUCAACUGCUCGGAGCAGAUGGACUACAAGUCCUGUGGAAACAUCUACAAGGGCCUGGCUCAGACCGGAGCGUGGGGCUGCUUCGAUGAGUUUAACCGGAUCUCGGUGGAGGUCUUGUCCGUGAUCGCUGUGCAGGUAAAAUGUGUCCAAGAUGCAAUUCGGGCCAAGAAGAAAACGUUCAAUUUCCUGGGAGAGAUGAUCAGCCUCAUCCCCACCGUGGGGAUUUUCAUCACCAUGAACCCGGGGUAUGCAGGACGCACCGAGCUGCCCGAGAACCUGAAGGCCUUGUUCAGGCCCUGCGCCAUGGUCGUCCCCGACUUUGAACUGAUCUGUGAGAUCAUGCUGGUGGCCGAGGGCUUCCUGGACGCCCGCCUGCUGGCCAGGAAGUUCAUCACGCUCUAUACCUUGUGCAAAGAGCUCCUGUCGAAGCAGGAUCAUUACGACUGGGGCUUGCGAGCCAUCAAGUCGGUGCUGGUGGUGGCCGGCUCCCUGAAGAGGGGCGACCCCAGCCGGGCCGAGGAUCAGGUGCUCAUGAGGGCGCUGAGGGACUUCAACAUCCCCAAGAUCGUGACCGACGACCUGCCUGUGUUCAUGGGGCUCAUCGGGGAUCUUUUCCCUGCCCUGGACGUGCCUCGGAAGCGGGACCUGAAUUUUGAAAAGAUCAUCAAGCAGAGCGUCGUGGAGCUCAAGCUGCAGGCAGAGGACAGCUUCGUGCUGAAGGUUGUGCAGCUCGAGGAGCUGCUCCAAGUGCGCCACUCGGUGUUCGUCAUCGGGAACGCGGGCAGCGGCAAAUCUCAGGUCCUCAAGUCUCUUAACAAGACCUAUCAGAACAUGAAGAGGAAGCCGGUGGCCGUGGACCUGGACCCCAAGGCUGUCACCUGCGACGAGCUGUUCGGCAUCAUCAACCCGGCCACCAGGGAGUGGAAAGACGGCCUUUUCUCCACCAUAAUGCGGGACCUGGCCAACAUCAGCCACGACGGCCCCAAGUGGAUUGUCCUGGACGGGGACAUAGACCCGAUGUGGAUUGAGUCUCUCAACACCGUCAUGGACGACAACAAGGUCCUCACGCUGGCCAGCAACGAGCGGAUCCCCCUGAACCGCACCAUGAGGCUGGUGUUCGAGAUCAGCCACCUGAGGACGGCCACCCCCGCCACCGUCUCCAGAGCCGGCAUUCUUUACAUCAACCCCGCAGAUCUGGGCUGGAACCCGGUGGUGAGCAGCUGGAUCGAGAGGCGCAAGGUGCAGUCGGAGAAGGCCAACCUGAUGAUCCUCUUCGACAAGUACCUGCCCACGUGCCUGGACAAGCUGCGGCUCGGGUUCAAGAAGAUCACGCCCAUUCCCGAGAUCACGGUCACCCAGAUGAUCCUGUACCUGCUCGAGUGCCUCCUCACGGAGAAGAACACACCGCCCGACUCCCCCAAGGAGCUGUACGAGCUCUACUUCGUGUUUGCCUGCUUCUGGGCGUUUGGGGGGGCCAUGUUCCAGGACCAGCUUGUGGAUUAUCGGGUCGAGUUCAGCAAAUGGUGGGUCAACGAAUUCAAAACAAUCAAGCUCCCCUCGCAGGGGACGAUCUUCGACUACUACAUCGAUCCGGACACGAAAAAGUUCCUGCCGUGGACAGACAAGGUGCCUGCCUUUGAGCUGGACCCGGACGUCCCUCUGCAGGCCUCUCUGGUGCACACCACAGAGACCAUCCGAAUCCGCUACUUCAUGGACCUGCUCAUGGAGAAGUCGUGGCCGUUGAUGCUGGUGGGGAACGCAGGCACCGGCAAGUCCGUGCUGAUGGGGGACAAGCUGGACAGCCUCAACACCGACGACUACCUGGUGCAGGCCGUGCCCUUCAACUUCUACACCACCUCCGCCAUGCUGCAGGGGGUUCUUGAAAAGCCCCUGGAGAAGAAAUCCGGGAGGAACUACGGCCCCCCAGGCACCAAGAAGCUGAUCUACUUCAUCGACGACAUGAACAUGCCCGAGGUCGACAAGUACGGGACGGUGGCCCCCCACACACUCAUUCGGCAGCACAUGGACCACGGGCACUGGUACGACAGGCAGAAGCUGACGCUGAAGGACAUCCACAACUGCCAGUACGUGGCCUGCAUGAACCCCACCUCCGGCUCCUUCACCAUCGAUCCCAGGCUCCAGCGCCACUUCUGCGUGUUUGCCGUGAGCUUCCCGGGCCAGGAGGCCCUCACCACCAUCUACAGCACGAUCCUGGCCCAGCACCUGGCCUUCCGCUCGGUCCCCAUGGCCGUUCAGAGGAUGAGCAGCCAGCUGGUGGCCUCGGCCCUGGCCCUGCACCAGAAAGUCACGGCAACAUUCCUUCCCACGGCCAUUAAGUUUCACUAUGUCUUCAACCUCAGGGAUCUCUCCAAUAUUUUCCAGGGAAUCUUGUUUUCCACCCUGGAGAUCCUGAGAACACCGCUCGACCUGGUCCGCCUCUGGCUGCAUGAAGCUGAGCGAGUGUACGGAGACAAAAUGGUUGACGAGAAAGACCAGGAAACACUGCGCAGGGUCACCAUCGCGUCCACCAAGAAGUUCUUUGAUGAUCUUGGCGACGAGCUCCUUUUUGCCAAACCAAAUCUCUUCUGCCACUUUUCUCACGGGAUCGGGGAGCCCAAAUACCUGCCGGUAACCAAUGUGGCUCAUCUGAACAAGCUCCUGGUAGAGGUCCUGGACAGUUACAACGAAGUCAACGCAGCCAUGAACUUGGUGCUGUUCGAAGACGCGGUGGCUCACAUCUGCCGGAUCAACCGUAUCCUGGAGCUGCCCCGCGGGAACGCCCUGCUGGUGGGCGUGGGCGGCAGCGGCAAGCAGAGCCUCUCGCGCCUGGCCGCCUACAUCAGCGCGCUGGAGGUCUUCCAGAUCACCCUCAAGAAGGGCUAUGGGAUCCCAGACCUCAAGGUCGACCUGAGCGCGCAGUACGUGAAGUCGGCGGUGAAGAACGUCCCCUCCGUGUUCCUGAUGACAGACUCGCAGGUGGCCGAGGAGCAGUUCCUGGUGCUGAUCAAUGACCUGCUGGCCUCGGGGGAGAUCCCGGGGCUGUUCGUGGAGGACGAGGUGGAGAACAUCAUCUCCUCCAUGCGGCCGCAGGUGAAGGCCCUCGGCAUGACCGACACGCGGGAGACGUGCUGGAAAUUCUUCAUCGAGAAAGUGCGCAAGCAGCUUAAGGUGAUCCUGUGUUUCUCCCCCGUGGGCUCCGUCCUGCGCGUGCGGGCAAGGAAAUUCCCUGCCGUCGUCAACUGCACGGCCAUCAACUGGUUCCACGAGUGGCCGGAAGACGCCCUGGUGUCCGUGAGCGCGCGCUUCCUCAACGAGACCGAGGGCAUUCAGCCAGAAGUCAAGGCCUCCAUCAGCCUCUUCAUGGCCUACGUGCACACGACGGUCAACGAGAUGUCCAAGGCGUACCUGGCCACGGAGAGGCGCUACAACUACACCACACCCAAAACCUUCCUGGAGCAGAUCAAACUGUACCAGAACCUGCUGGCCAAGAAGAGAACGGAGCUGGUGGCCAGGAUCGAGAGGCUGGAGAACGGCCUGAUGAAGCUGCAGAGCACCGCGUCCCAGGUGGAUGAUUUAAAAGCCACGCUGGCGAUCCAGGAGGCCGAGCUCAAGCAGAAGAACGAGAACGCGGACAAGCUGAUCCACGUGGUGGGCGUGGAAACCGAGAAAGUGAGCAAGGAGAAAGCCAUCGCCGACGAGGAGGAGGCCAAGGUGGAGGUCAUCAACAAGAAUGUCACAGAGAAACAAAAGGCUUGUGAAACAGAUCUGGCCAAGGCAGAGCCGGCCCUGCUGGCCGCGCAGGAAGCUCUCGACACUCUGAAUAAGAACAACCUGACAGAGCUGAAGUCCUUCGGGUCCCCGCCGGACGCCGUGGUCAACGUCACGGCUGCCGUCAUGAUCCUGACGGCGCCCGGGGGCAAGAUCCCCAAGGACAAGAGCUGGAAAGCCGCGAAAAUCAUGAUGGGCAAAGUGGACACCUUCCUGGACUCCCUGAAGAAGUUCGACAAAGAGCACAUCCCUGAGGCCUGUCUGAAGGCUUUUAAGCCCUACCAAGGCAACCCGACCUUCGACCCCGAGUUCAUCCGCUCCAAGUCCACGGCGGCCGCGGGGCUGUGCUCCUGGUGCAUCAACAUCGUCCGCUUCUACGAGGUGUACUGCGACGUGGCCCCCAAGCGGCAGGCCCUGGAGGAGGCCAAUGCGGAGCUGGCCGAGGCGCAGGAGAAGCUCUCGCGCAUCAAGAACAAGAUCGCGGAACUCAAUGCCAACCUGAGCAACCUCACAUCGGCCUUUGAGAAGGCCACAGCAGAGAAGAUCAAGUGCCAGCAGGAGGCCGACGCCACCAACAGGGUGAUCUCGCUGGCCAACAGGCUGGUAGGCGGCUUAGCGUCGGAGAACGUGCGCUGGGCUGAAUCGGUGAAGAACUUCAAAAGCCAGGGGGUCACCCUGUGCGGGGACGUGCUGCUGAUUUCUGCCUUCGUCUCCUACGUGGGCUACUUCACCAAGAAAUACCGAAACGAGCUGAUGGAGAAGUUCUGGGUUCCUUAUAUACAUCAGCUAAAGGUCCCCAUCCCCAUCACGGAAGGUCUGGACCCCCUGAGCCUGCUGACGGAUGACGCAGACGUGGCCACUUGGAACAACCAGGGCCUCCCCAGCGACCGCAUGUCCACUGAGAAUGCCACGAUUCUGUGCAACACGGAGCGCUGGCCCCUCGUCGUGGACGCGCAGCUGCAGGGCGUCAAGUGGAUCAGGAACAAGUAUGGCAGCGAGCUGAGGGCCAUCCGCCUGGGCCAGAAGAGCUACCUGGACAUCAUCGAGCAGGCCAUUUCUGAAGGGGACAUCUUGCUCAUCGAGAACAUCGGGGAAACCGUGGACCCUGUGUUGGACCCGCUGCUCGGCAGGAACACCAUUAAAAAGGGAAAGUUCAUCAAGAUCGGCGACAAGGAGGUGGAGUACCACCCCAAGUUCCGUCUCAUCCUGCACACCAAGUACUUCAACCCCCACUACAAGCCGGAGAUGCAAGCCCAGUGCACCCUGAUCAACUUCCUGGUCACCAGGGACGGGCUCGAGGACCAGCUCUUGGCCGCGGUGGUGGCCAAAGAGCGCCCGGAUCUAGAACUGCUGAAGGCGAACCUCACCAAGUCCCAGAACGAAUUCAAGAUUGUUCUGAAGGAGCUGGAGGACUCCCUGCUGGCUCGGCUGUCAGCCGCGUCGGGGAACUUCCUGGGGGACACGGCCUUGGUGGAGAACCUGGAGACCACCAAGCACACGGCCAAUGAGAUCGAGGAGAAGGUGAAAGAGGCAAAAACCACAGAGGUUAAAAUCAACGAGGCCAGAGAGAACUACCGGCCGGCGGCGGCGAGGGCGUCCCUGCUCUACUUCAUCCUGAACGACCUCAACAAGAUCAACCCCAUCUAUCAGUUCUCACUCAAGGCUUUCAACGUGGUGUUCGAGAAGGCCAUCCAGAGGACAGCCCCCGCCGAGGAGGUCAGGCAGCGAGUGGUCAAUCUGACGGACGAGAUCACCUACUCCGUCUACAUGUACACGGCCCGCGGGCUCUUCGAGCGGGACAAGCUCAUCUUCCUGGCCCAGGUCACCUUCCAGGUCUUGUCCAUGAAGAAAGAGCUGAACCCAGCGGAGCUGGAUUUCCUCCUGCGGUUCCCUUUCAAGGCUGGGGUCGUGUCGCCGGUGGACUUCCUGCAGCACCAGGGCUGGGGCGGCAUCAAGGCCCUGUCGGAGAUGGAGGAGUUCAAGAACCUGGACAGCGACAUCGAAGGGUCGGCCAAGCGGUGGAAGAAGCUGGUGGAGUCGGAAGCCCCCGAGAAGGAGAUCUUCCCCAAGGAGUGGAAGAACAAAACGGCCCUGCAGAAGCUGUGCAUGGUCAGGUGCAUGCGGCCGGACCGCAUGACGUACGCCGUCAAAAAGACUCCGGGAGCAGCGACCUCACACAACGCUGCGCCGGUCCCCACGGUGACAUCUGAGAUGUCCCAUCUACCCUCUCCUGGAGUGGGGGAGAGUGUCCCUCCUGCUGACCCAAGGCUGACCUGGGAGCAUGGAGAUGCCAUAGAAGGAGGGACAGAGGUGCCACAGGAAGGGGACGGAGAUGCCACAGGAGGGAGGGAGGAAGGAGACACUGCAGGAAGGACGAAGCCGACAACGAGUCAAGCCCAGCACCCGUUCUUGGACACACCCGUUCUCGGACACAAUACAGUGUCUUUGCCUUUCUGUGGUCUUUGCUGCCCCAGAGCAGAUGCCCCGAGAGACACCUGUGUCCUGAACAAACUCCCUGCUGACAAAGCAGAGACCCAACCUACGCCCAGCUGUUCGCAGAGCACGUCCGUUUGGUUCCAUGGGUGGGGGGGGCGCGGGCAGGACGGCAGGAAGUGGAAGCCGACGAGAAGCCCCGCUGCAGAGGCCGGCCGUGCAGGAAGGAGUUUGGACUAAGUUCGGGAAAGGUCGAGGGGAAGGACCCCUGGCCGUCACAGCAGGGACAUCGACCAAGGAGCGGAGCGCGGCCGGGUGUCCAGGCCCACGGCCCCCGGUGCGUGGUGGCGCCUCACCCGGAUUCGCACGUGUGACGGCCCGAGGACUCCUGGAUGGAGGAAGUACCUCAGGCUUUUGUGCGCUUUGCUGGGGCAACCCCAAGCCCCGCUCGGUGACAUGUCUGUAGGGUCUGGGAAACCACAUUCCGUGUGGGCCGUGGAGCUUCAGAGCAAGGGCAUUCAAGUCCACAGUGAAUAACAUAGCGGCCCCAGACACCAGAGGCGGAGUGUGUGCCCGGGGCCAAAGCCUCAGCUGGCCCACACCCCGGCACCAGGAGGCUCACGGGCCCAGAGACGGCAGCGAUUAGCCUGGAGCAGCGAGGCGGGGGCCAGCAAACUGCCUUUCCCCCCAAAAGUGCAGCUUCUGUGGUACAGACGGCCCGGGGCUCCUGGGGAGCAGCUGGGAGCUGACCCCAGCUCCCCUCUGCCAAGGACUCAGUGCCCAGAGUGGCAGAGCCUGUGGGAACCAGGAGCAUGCUGGACAGCAUCAGUCCCCCCGCAGAGAAGGACCCCCUGGCCUGGCAUCAGCAGCAACGGGGAACUGGCGGCAUUCCCGUCUAGAGCAGGACUUGGGACACUGCAGAAGUCCUUCCUGGAUGCUAGCCUCCACGUUCCGGGUCGAUCCCCAAGGCCGGCACCGAGCAUGGCUGGGCAGGGCCUCGGGAGGAGCAGCCCCGCCGCCCUGCCUGGGGCCUGUGUCAGCUCAGGGAGCUGCACAGAAGCCAGCGGAGGCCAGAGCGGGGGGUGAAUCCUGAUAAGGGGCUCCCCAGGAAGUCCUGCUGGCCCUGAGGUCCCCACAGAGUCGGAGGGUGUGGGGCGGCCCCUCCAGGAGCCCUUCCCUCCCACUGUUCUGUCAAACACUGACUCGCUGCUUUUAAAGACACUGAAUCUUAGUAUUUCGGUGCCGGGAAUGACUCAGAAUGUGGGAAGCCGGCCCUCUGUGACGGGGAGGUGGAGAGGCUCUGCCGGUCACACCACACACACUUCCCCUGAGGGGGCCCCAACGGACCCUGGACUUGUAAGGGUCAAGAAAGUAAGUCUGGGGCUUGGAACACAGCUGCUUCUGUAAAGACAGAUUUUUCAUCUAAAUUCCUGUGAUUUUUCUGAUGAACCAUGCUUUGCAGUCCUUGAACUCACCAAGAACCUCCCUCCUCCUCCAAACCCCCAGUCGGGGGAGAGCGCCAGGGUGGGCGAGAACCAUCUGUGUUCCGCUCCUUCCCGCGGCCCUUCCUGGACAGCAGAACGGAGCGUGUGGGACACGAAAUCGCCAAACCCGUCCCCUUCCCCCGAGUACAGUGGGCUCGGAGGCCCCGGGGCCACCUGCUGCUGGGCGCGCUCACCUGACAUGCCCUGGGCUGUGGCCAUACUGAGGUGUGUGGUCCUGGGAGCCUCUGAACACGGGGCCACAGGAGACCACCUCUCACUCGCCGGCACGUGGGCCACUCCAGGGAACCGCGCAUUGCAAAGCCCGCCAGGGACAGAGGUGGGGAAGCACCCGUUCCCCCGACACCCCCCCCACCCAAAGAGGAAAGCCCCUGAAAAGGCUGCCUGCAGGUCUGAGACCUUGCUCUGCUUAAGAAAGUCCACCAAAGGGCACCCGGCUGGCUCAGUCAGAGGAGCAGGGACUCUUGAUCUCCGGGUCGUGAGUUCAAGCCCCACACUGGGUGCAGAGAUUGCCAAAAAUAAAAUCUUUAAGGGGCGCAGCUGGUUAAUCAUCCAGCUCCUGAUUUCAGCUCAGGUCAUGGUCUCAGGGUCGCGAGAUCGAGCCCUGGGUCGGGCUCCACACUCAGCGCUGAGUCUGCUUGAGGUUCUCUCUCUCUCCCCGACGGCGUCUCCCCCACUCACACUCUCUCUCUCUCUCUAAAGAAAUCUUUUUAAAAAUAGUAAAAUAAUAAAACUCCUUAAAGAGAUAAAACAAAAGAAAACCCACCAAGGAAAGGGCCCCUCCGCCAGGGGUCCCAGCCCACCCC